AUGGAUUUUGAACAAUUCACUAAAGAAUGCGUUGUGCCAGAUGUUAUUCCAACAGUUCCGCGACAAAUCUUGCAAAUCAAAUAUGACAGUGGAGUAGAGGUUGAAAUGGGAAAUGAAUUAACACCGACACAAGUCAAAGAUGUCCCCACUGUGACAUGGGAAGCUGAACCAAAUGCUCUAUACUCUUUGAUAUUCAUAGACCCCGAUGCCCCAUCUCGACAAAAACCGAGACCCGGCGAGUUCAAGCAUUGGCUAGUGAUCAAUAUCCCUGGAAAUCAAGUUGACAAGGGUGACGUAGCCGCCGAUUAUAUUGGAUCCGGUCCACCUGAAGGAUCUGGUCUUCACCGAUAUUGCUUUCUCUUGUACAAACAGAAUGGGCGGCUGAAUGCUGAACCAACAGUGUCAAAUACUUCGAUCAAAGGCCGCAUGAAGUGGCGCGCUUCUGCCUGGGCACAAAGCCAUCAAAUGACGCUGAUCGCUGGGAAUUUUUAUCAAGCUCAAUACGAUGAAUACGUGAAAGUGAUGAUGAAGAAGUUCCUUGGCUGUUUAUAUCCAUUUUUUGUUGGUCUUCGAGCUAUUGGAAUUUUG